UGUCAAUUGCAAAGAUGGCGGUAGCGGCUUAACCUCGUUGUAUUGUUUUUACGCAUUUUUAAUAAAUCUUAAAGCGAAUAUAAUAUUACUCACAUUAUUUAGUGAUUGUGAAUAUAAAUAAAGCAUCAGCAUGGCAGACGCGGCUGCCAGACAGCUGCAAUACGAGUACAAAGCUAACUCAAAUUUAGUUCUUCAAGCGGAUGUGCGGCUCAUAGAGCGGCGCGGUCGCGAUGAGGCGACUGGGGAGGUACUGUCACUGUCUGGCAAACUGAUUGGCACACGUAUGGGUGACCGCGCUCAACGGACUAAGCCUGACAAAGCCGAGGAGAGGAAGGCCAAACGCCAAAAGCGCGAUGAGGCCUCCUAUGAGCUGUCGAAGUCCAAGUCCAGAGUAGCGUGGGCUGACGACACACCAGCCGGUGUGCUGUACCGACCGAGAGCCCAGCACACAAGACAUGCUUACGAGUUGCUGCUGGCAUUCAUGCAGAGCGCACUCGGUGAUCAGCCAAGGGACAUCCUGUGUGGAGCUUGCGAUGAGGUCCUGGUGGUCCUUAAAAAUGACAAACUAAAGGACCCAGAGAGGAAGAAAGAAAUAGAAAUGCUCCUGGGACCCAUCCCCGAUGAGAGAUUUGCACUGUUAGUCAAUUUGGGUAAAAAGAUAACAGACUUCACGAUAAGCACCUCCACUGAAGGCAACGCUGAGAUCGAUGAGACAUACGGCAUUAACGUGCAGUUUGAAGAGUCGUCCGAGGAAGAUGACGAGGAUGCAUAUGGAGAGGUUCGCGAGGAGGAGAAAGAGGAAGGCGACGCAUCAGACAAUGAGGGUGGAAAAGAGAGUUCCGCAGAGGACAGCGACGGAGAGGGAAAGAAAAACGCCAUACACGCCAAUCUGUCCGAAGAACAGUCUCAAAAGCGUAGAGACACUAUCCUACAUCCGAUGGACAUAGAUGCAUACUGGCUUCAGCGGAGACUCUCAAGGCAUUUCCCGGAUGCUAUGGUUUCACAGGCGAAAUCUUCGGAAGUUCUGCGCGCACUGUCCGACGCUGCGGACGACCGGGACCUGGAGAACAGACUAGUCUUGCUGCUGGGAUACGACUGCUUCGAGCUAGUCAAAGUGCUCAACAAAUAUAGAUAUACCAUAUUAUACUGCACGAAGCUGGCCUCGUCCCAGUCGGAGAGUGAGCGGGCCUCCAUACGCGAGGAGAUGGCUAAACAGCCGCACCUGCAGAAGAUUCUGGCUCAACUGGACACUGGAAAAGGAGAGGACGAGACAAUGGAGCAGUCGGAGCAGCCGCGCAAACGUCACAAGGCGGGCCAGGAGCCCACUACCUGGGGUGGAACUGUGGGCGGAGCGCGGAAGGUUCUCCAGCUGGAAGAGUUGGUGUUCGCAGCUGGCGCGCACUUCAUGGCCAACAAGCGAUGCCAGCUGCCACCUGGAAGCUUCCGAAAACAGCGGAAAGGUUACGAAGAAGUCCACGUGCCAGCAUUGAAACCCAAACCGUUUGAAGAUGACGAAACCUUGGUGGCGAUAGAGAAGCUACCCAAAUACGUACAGCCAGCCUUUGACGGGUUCAAAACUCUGAAUAGGAUACAGAGUCGCAUAUCUAAAGCCGCAUUAGAAACGGACGAGAACCUGUUAGUGUGCGCGCCCACCGGCGCUGGUAAGACGAACGUGGCGUUGCUUUGCGUGCUCCGCGAGGUCGGCAAGCACGUGAACGACGACGGCACUGUCAACGUGAACGACUUCAAGAUGAUCUAUGUGGCGCCCAUGAGAUCGCUGGUGCAGGAGAUGGUAGGCAACUUCAGCAAGCGGCUGUCGGCGUACAACAUGAAGGUGUCGGAAUUGACAGGUGACCACCAGCUGACAAGAGAACAGAUCGACGCGACGCAACUUAUCGUCUGCACUCCAGAGAAAUGGGACAUCAUCACAAGGAAAGGUGGCGAGAGGUCGUUCACGAAUCUGGUGCGCCUGAUCAUCAUCGACGAGAUACAUCUACUCCACGACGAGAGGGGACCAGUUCUCGAAGCCCUGGUGGCCAGGACCUUGCGCACUGUUGAACACACGCAAGAACAGGUGCGUUUGGUGGGACUCUCCGCCACGUUGCCGAACUAUACAGACGUUGCGGCCUUCCUGAGGGUGAAGCCUGAAAAGGGACUUUUCUACUUUGACAACUCGUUCAGGCCGGUCGCCUUAGAGCAGCAGUACAUCGGUGUAACGGAGAAGAAAGCGCUCAAGAGAUUCCAGGUUAUGAACGAUAUAGUCUACGAAAAGGCGAUGGAACAUGCUGGAAGGAAUCAGAUUCUGGUCUUCGUGCAUUCGCGUAAAGAAACGGGGAAAACUGCGCGCGCCAUUCGAGAUAUGUGUCUUGAAAAGGAUACGCUUGGACAGUUUCUCAGGGAAGGUUCAGCGAGCGUUGAAGUACUCCGAACAGAAGCUGAUCAAGUAAAGAAUCCGGAGUUGCGUGAACUGCUGCCGUACGGUUUCGCCAUACAUCACGCGGGGAUGAGUCGGGUGGACAGGACUCUAGUCGAAGAUUUGUUCGCUGAUAGGCAUAUACAGGUGCUGGUAUCGACGGCAACUUUAGCAUGGGGUGUGAACCUGCCCGCUCACACAGUCAUCGUGAAGGGUACGCAGGUUUACAGCCCCGAAAAGGGAAGGUGGAGCGAAUUGGGCGCGUUGGACGUGCUACAGAUGCUGGGUAGAGCUGGUCGACCGCAGUACGACACUAAGGGAGAAGGUAUCCUCAUCACCAACCACUCCGAGCUGCAGUACUACCUGUCGCUGCUGAACCAACAGCUGCCCAUCGAGUCCCAACUGGUGAGCAAGUUGCCCGACAUGCUCAACGCGGAGAUAGUGUUGGGCUCCGUGCAGAGCAUUCGUGACGCGGUCACUUGGCUUGGUUACACCUACUUGUACAUAAGAAUGCUUCGCCAACCUGCGUUGUACGGCGUGUCUCCGGAGAAACUGAAAGACGAUAAUUUACUGGAGCUACAUCGAGCCGAUCUGAUCCACACAGCCGCGAGCUUGUUGGACAAGGCUGGACUGAUAAAAUACGAACGCAAAUCCGGCCACUUCCAAGCGACCGAGCUGGGUCGUAUCGCCUCGCACUUCUACUGCACCUACGAAACUAUGCAGAGCUACAACCAACUGUUGAAGCCGACUCUGGCGGAAAUAGAGCUGUUCAGAGUUUUCUCCCUCUCGUCGGAGUUCAAACACAUCGCUGUGAGGGACGAGGAGAAAUUGGAAUUGCACAAAUUGAUGGAGAGGGUACCCAUACCAAUAAAGGAGAGCAUAGAAGAACCAUCGGCGAAAAUCAAUGUCCUACUUCAAGCUUACAUAUCUCAAUUGAAACUGGAAGGGUUCGCCCUUAUGGCUGACAUGGUUUAUGUGACCCAGUCAGCUUGUAGGCUGUUGAGGGCUAUCUUCGAGAUCGUUCUACAUAGAGGUUGGGCGCAACUAGUUGACAAAACUUUGGCGCUCUGCAAGAUGGUAGAUCGCCGCAUGUGGCAGUCGAUGUCGCCCCUCAGACAGUUCAAGAAGAUGCCGGAAGAGGUGGUAAAAAAGUUAGAGAAGAAGAACUUCCCGUGGGAGAAACUGUACGAACUGGGGCCGAACGAGAUCGGCGAGCUGGUCCGAGCACCGAAAUUGGGCAAAAUGAUCCACAAAUACGUCCACCAGUUCCCCAAGUUGGAGUUGAGCACGCACAUACAACCUGUCACCCGAUCCACGCUACGCGUUGAGCUGACUAUCACGCCGGACUUCCAAUGGGAUGAUAAGAUCCACGGCCAGUCGGAAGCGUUCUGGAUCCUGGUGGAAGACGUGGACUCCGAAGUCAUCCUUCAUCACGAGUACUUCCUGCUCAAACAGAAGUACUGCCGCGACGAGCAUCACGUGAAGCUGUUCGUGCCUGUUUUCGAGCCUCUACCCCCACAGUACUUCUUGAGGGUAGUCUCAGACAGGUGGAUAGCUGCUGAGACACAGCUGCCGGUCUCGUUCCGUCACCUCAUCUUGCCGGAGAAGAACCUUCCGCCGACGGAACUGCUAGAUCUUCAGCCCCUGCCGAUAUCAGCGCUGCGGAACUCCAAAUUCGAGGAGUUGUACGCGGACACCUUCCCCCAGUUCAACCCGGUGCAGACCCAGGUGUUCAACGCGGUGUACAACUCGGACGACAACGUGUUCGUGGGCGCGCCGUCGGGCUCCGGCAAGUCGGUGGUGGCGGAGCUUGCGCUACUACGGCUGCUGGCGAGCAACGCGGCCGGCCGCGCCGUCUACCUGUUGCCCAAGGACGCGCUCGCGGACAUCGUGUUCGCGGACUGGUACCACAAGUUCGGCACCAAGUUCAACCUGAAGGUGGUUCAGUUAACAGGCGAGACUGCGACAGAUCACAAACUGCUCAACAAAGGACAGAUUAUCAUCACUACAGCUGAGAAGUGGGAUGUGCUUUCCAGAAGGUGGAAAGUCCGCAAGAGCGUGCAGAGUGUAUCGCUUUUCAUAGUGGACGCGCUACAACUGCUGGGUGGGGAAGAAGGUCCCGUCUUGGAGGUUGUUUGUUCGAGGAUGCGGUACAUUGCUUCUCAGAUUGGUCGACCGAUCCGUAUAGUGGCGCUGUCGCUACCGCUGGCGGACGCUCGCGACGUGUGGCAGUGGCUCGGCUGCAAUGCGAACUGCGCGUUCAAUUUCCACCCGAGCGUGCGGCCGCUACCACUCGAACUGCACGUGCAGGGUUUCAACAUCUCACACGCAGCGUCGCGUUUAGCAGCAAUGACCAAGCCGAUCUACAACAGCGUCAUUCGCCACGCGGGCUCAAAACCUGCAGUGGUCUUCGUACCUUCCAGGAGACAUGCUAGGCUUCUAGCGGCGGACUUGCUUGCCUUAGCCGCCGCUCACGGGAACCCCACGAAGUUCCUGCACGCCAGACCCGACCUGGUGCAGCCGUUCCUGAAGAAGAUUCAGGACAAGAUGUUACGUGAGACGCUCGCGGCAGGCGUGGCUUAUCUCCACGAGGGGGUCUCCUCGGGAGACCGGCGUGCGGCGCAACAGUUGCUAGAGUCGGGUGCGGCGCAGUUGUGCGUCGUGGCAGCGGAGCUUGCGUUUGCGUUCGCGGCGCACGUCCACACCGUCAUCAUCGCGGACACGCACGUCUACAACGGCAAACUCCAUUGCUACGAGCAGUAUCCGAUCACAACAGUACUGCAGAUGCUGGGGCGAGCGUGCCGACCGCUGGAGGACGAACACGCGGUCGGUGUGCUCAUGUGCGCCGCGCAUCACAAGACCUUCUUCACCAAGCUCCUCAACGACUGCCUUCCGCUAGAGAGUCACUUGGACCACCGCCUGCACGACCACAUAAACGCGGAGAUAGUGACGAAGACCAUAGAGAACAAACAGGACGCCGUCGACUACCUGACCUGGACGUUCCUGUACCGGCGGCUCACGCAAAAUCCCAACUACUACAAUCUACAGGGUGUUACGCAUAGACACCUGUCAGAUCAUCUGUCAGAGCUGGUGGAGACGACGCUAUCAGACCUGGAGCAGUCCAAGUGCAUGGCCAUCGAGGAUGAGAUGGACGUGCAACCGCUCAACCUUGGAAUGAUCGCCUCCUACUACUACAUCAACUAUACUACUAUAGAACUGUUCAGUCUUUCGCUGACGUCGAAGACCAAGAUCCGCGGUCUGCUGGAGAUCAUAUCCUCGGCGGCGGAGUACACCGACCUAUGCAUCAGGCACCGCGAGGAAAACAUCAUCAAGGCACUUGCUACAAAAGUCCCCCACAAGCCGGCGACCCCCUCCGGCGGCACUGUGAAGUACAACGAGCCGCACGUCAAAGCGCACGUGCUGUUACAGGCGCACCUGUCGAGGAUGCAGUUACCGGCUGAGUUGCAGGCCGACACCGCUCUCGUACUAGUCAAGGCUAUUCGCCUCAUCCAAGCUUGCGUGGACGUGGUCUCCAGCAGUGGUUGGCUAUCCCCAGCUGUGGCUGCUAUGGAGCUGGCUCAGAUGGUCACACAGGCUAUGUGGGCCAAGGAUUCCUACUUGCGGCAACUGCCUCACUUCACACCGGACCUGGUGCAGCGGUGCUCCGAUAAGAAGGUGGAGACAGUCUUCGACGUUAUGGAACUCGAGGAUGGAGCGAGAGCCAAACUUCUGCAGCUGUCACCAACGGAGAUGGCCGAUGUGGCCAGAUUCUGCAACCGAUAUCCCAACGUUGAACUGACUUAUGAGGUAAAGAACGAGCGCCGACUCCGCGCUGGUAAACCGAUCGUCGUUGAAGUGUCGCUGGAAAGAGAAGACGAGAUCGUGGGGCCCGUCAUUGCGCCAUUCUUCCCGCAGAAACGCGAGGAGGGCUGGUGGGUGGUGAUCGGCGAUCCGAAGUCAAAUACGCUGCUGUCAAUCAAGCGCGUGUCCCUAGGCCGCUCGGCGAAGGUGCGAUUGGACUUCGUGUGCGGCGCGCCCGGCCGCCAUAACUACACCCUGUACUUCAUGUCGGACGCUUACCUCGGCGCCGACCAAGAGUACAAGUUCAACGUGGACGUGGAGGACGCCGCGUCCGAGUCUAGCGAUUCGGAAUAACUGUGUAUAUUAAUAAUUAAUAAAACAAAAUAAAAUAAAUGUUUUUCAGUUG